AGAGAGAGAGAGAGAGAGAGAGAGAGAGAGCAGUUUCCAUUUCCGGCGCUCCAGCCCUGCCCCACCGCGAAAGCCCCCCUCACCUCCAUUCCUUCCAUGGCGGCCUCCCUCCUCCUCCUCCACUGCACCCUCCUUUACUACUCCACUCCAACCAUGGCGUCCAGUCGUCCACACCCCCCACCAUCCCCACCUUAAAGACCGGAAGAACGGCAACUCCCCAACCCUCUUGUUUCUUCGAGAGCGAGGUGAAGAUUUGUUUCUUGGUUUGUGUUCUUGGAGUGGAGGAGGAGGAGGAGUUGGAUAUGGGGCGCGGCAAGAUCGAGAUCAAGAGGAUCGAGAACUCGACGAACCGGCAGGUGACGUUCUCGAAGCGCCGCGCCGGGAUACUCAAGAAGGCCCGCGAGAUCGGCGUGCUCUGCGACGCCGAGGUCGGCGUCGUCAUCUUCUCCAGCGCCGGCAAGCUCUCCGACUACUGCACGCCCAAGACCACGCUGUCAAGGAUCUUGGAGAAGUACCAGACCAACUCCGGGAAGAUACUCUGGGAUGAGAAGCACAAGAGCCUCAGCGCAGAGAUCGAUCGUGUCAAGAAGGAGAACGACAACAUGCAGAUCGAGCUCAGGCAUAUGAAAGGGGAGGAUCUGAACUCCCUGCAGCCCAAGGAGCUGAUCGCGAUCGAGGAGGCGCUCAACAACGGCCAGGCCAAUCUGCGGGACAAGAUGAUGGACCACUGGAGGAUGCAUAAAAGGAAUGAGAAGAUGCUGGAGGACGAGCACAAGAUGUUGGCUUUUAGGGUGAGCUCAAACCUCAGUGAGGGAAGCUUUACUGAAAGAAGCCUGAAAGCUGAGAGUUCACUGAGCUCCUCCCCGUGUUUUCAGCACCAGCAGGAGGUCGAGCUGAGCGGCGGCAUAAGGGAGCUGGAGCUCGGCUACCACCACGACGACAGGGACUUCGCGGCCUCGAUGCCGUUCACCUUCAGGGUGCAGCCCAGCCACCCCAACCUCCAGCAGGAGAAGUAGGCUGCUGAGCACUGCCAAUUUGGCUGAACCUCCUGCUUGCUAGCUUUGCAUUUCCUCAUGCGCUGCUAGAUGUAUCUGUGGUUUCUCUCAUGCCUGUCUGAAUGAACUCACACUGAUGAGAGGGUGUCAGUUGUUUUGUGCUCCUCCCAGCAUUAGCACUCAGAAUUCAGAAAUGACUCAAUGUCAGUUGCUUUUGUGCUUCUCCCAGCAUUAGCACUCAGAAUUCAGAAAUGACUCAAUGUCAGUUGCUUUUGUGCUUCUCCCUGCUUGUUUAAUUAGCCACUGUUCUUGUUUCCAGAUGGUGAACAGUCAGUUUGUAUUAUCUAGUUAUCUUGGCAAGGAUCAGUAAAAUUCACAAGUAGCAGCCAACUCUGAUAAUAAUUCCAUCUGUUUCAUCGCUUGGAAUGAAUUGUAUGGGAAAAAAAAA